GUAAUCUAUAUCCCGCGUUGUACUCUUUACGCUUUUCCCUCCCAACCUAAUCAUACUACUGAGUUUGAACCGCGGCAGGAUCUAGCAAACACAGUGCCUAGGACGUCGUUAAGGACCAUGAGGGAUGCAGUAAUAGUUACCUGUACCUUGAUCUUGCUGGUCGGCUCUUCCUCUAGCAACCCUAAUACACGUGAAGCCAUAGAGUGCGGCAGAAGCAGAGUGGAGGUCGAAGGAAUCGUCGGUGUAAGAGCAGCGAGGGAAAGAGACGUUCCUUACCAGGUAUCGCUUACUAUGUACGGGUUUCACUACUGUGGCGGUGCCAUCAUCUCAGGAGACAAGAUGGUAACUGCAGCGCAUUGUGUGCGGAGGAAAAACCUUACUGAGUUGGAACUGAGAGUGGGAGCCGGAACACACAGCCAAAGUAGAAAAGCGAAAUGGUUCAAAAUUUACUACGACAUAGCAAUGCUGAAGGCGCAGGAGGCGUUCGACUUGGAAGGCUCGAAGGGAUACGUGGCCCCCAUCUGUUUACCAGAUCCUGAUCCAGAGCAGUCGUCUUCUCUCCAGGGCAAUAUCAUCGUUUCAGGCUGGGGAGUCACAACGGAAGGUGGCAUCCCCACACCAGUGAUGCAGAUGGCCAGCAUUCCUAUGCAGAACGAUUCCUUUUGCAUGUCGUCGUACAACCACUUGUGUCCACGCGCAGUGUACGAUGGGAAGACGAUGAUUUGUGCUGCUGAUCUUUCCGGAGGAAAGGACACUUUCCAGGGCGACUGCGGUGGGCCAGCCGCUCAAAUGCAGAACGGGACUGCUGUUCUGGUUGGCAUAGCAUCGUUCUGCACAGAUUGUGGACACUCCAACAGCGUUAGCUUCUAUACCAGAGUGUCGCACUACCUCGACUGGAUACACGAAAAUUCCAAUUCUUAGUUUGCUCUUUUGUUUCUAAAAAAAGAGAAAUUGAAACGCGUCUCCCGACGUAUUCUGCUACUCCUAACAACCCCCUCCCCCCCAAAAAAAAACCAAAAAAGAAGAUAAAAUAAAGAAUAGAACAAUAAUGAA